AUGGUCCUCAAAGUCAUAGUAGUAGGCGGGGGAAUUGCCGGCCUCGCCAGUACGACGGCCCUCCGUAGAGCCGGGCACAAUGUCACAAUACUGGAGCGGUCGCAGCGGUUCGACAACGAGGUUGGCGCGGCCAUCCACGUGCCGCCCAACUCGACCCGGCCGCUGAUCGCCUGGGGCUUCGAUGUCGUCCGCGCACGCCUUGUGCGCUUCAAGCAUAACCUGUUUGCAGACGGCAAGACCCUGGAGGUCCAAUGGCUGGCCGAAAAGGACACCAAGCUGAUUGACGAUGUCUAUGGCGGGCCGUGGAUGGCCGCGCACCGGGUCGACCUGCACGAGGAGCUGAGGAGGUUGGCAUUCGCUGAGCCUGCGGCCGUAGAUGAUGCGUGGGGCACUGUAGAGGUGCGGCUUGGGGCUGAGGUGGUUGCCUAUAGCCCAGAGACUCCGUCCGUGACUCUUGCAGACGGACAGGUCGUCUCAGGGGACUUGGUGGUGGUGGCCAACGGCAUCCAUUCGGGGGCACCGGCAGCUGUGACCGGGAAAACCGUAACGCCCAAGGCUGUGGGCGCGUACAACUUCUGCUACAGGUUUCUUAUCCCAACCGAAGUGCUCAACAGCGACCCAGAAACCAAGGAUUGGGACAAGGAGCGCGGUGACGGAGCCAUGAACUCGUUUGUCGUAGGUGACAAGAGGCUGGUUACAUACACAUGUCGAAAUAAUGAGGUACACAACUUUGUGGGCCUUUUCAACGAUCCGAGUGCCGGUUCGGGCCAGAGAGAAGACUGGCAUGCUUCCGCAGACAGGUCCAAGGUCCUGGAAACCUUUUCAGAGUUCCACCCGCAACUCCGGACCGUUAUAGGCAAGGCCACAGAAUACAAACAAUGGCCGUUGUUGUACCGCGAUCCCCUCCCGACCUGGAUCAAGGGGGGUAUGGUCAUUGUGGGCGACGCAUCACACCCAAUGCUCCCGUUCCAGGGUCAGGGAGGCGCACAGGCCGUAGAGGAUGGAGUGGCCCUCGGCAUCUCAAUGGCUGGAGCAACGCCCGAGACGGUCGGCGAGAGGCUUGUGGCUUUUGACAGUGUACGCCGCAACCGGGCCAGCGCGCUGCAGAUUCUCAGCAAUGUCGGACAGGACGAGGCGCUCAAGGUCCGGGCCGAAGCUGCAAAGUUUGUUCCAAUCGAGACGGUUCCGAAGGGCCCAGAUGAGUUUUAUGCUUUUAGCUUUGCGUACAAUGUCGUCAAGGACAUGGUGAGCACCAUGAGGAAGAAGAUCGAUCCUCAGUUUGAGCUUCCCAAAGGCUUUUUCAUAAAGGAGCCGGUAGUUCCAGGGCAAUAA